GUCCUCCAGCUCUGAUCCUUCCAGCUGACCAUCAUGGGCUUCACUGAGAUCUUGGAACAUGUUGGCAGCAUGGGACGCUUCCAAAUUGUCUACGUGACCCUGAUCUCCAUUCCGGUGUGUAUGAUGGCUUGCCAUAUGAUGCUGCAGAAUUUCACCGCAGGGACGCCAGAUCACCACUGCACGGUCCGCCGCAGUGCCGCUCCUGGGAACUGGAGUUUUGAGGAAGAUGCUCUCCUGGUGGUCUCCCUUCCCAUGGACGAGAACCAAAAGCCAGCACGGUGCCACCGUUUCCUCCAUGAGCAGUGGUGGCGUCUGAACAGCACCGCCAAGAAUGAAACCCAGAUGGAGACCGAGCCGUGUAGUGAUGGGUGGGUGUACAACCGAAGCAUCUUCCACCGGACCAUUGUGACGGAGUGGGACCUGGUCUGUUCUUCCCGGACGCUAAAGCAAAUGGCGCAGUCAAUUUACAUGGCCGGAGUUUUAGUCGGUGGCAUCUUAUUCGGAGGCCUCUCGGACAGGUUUGGACGCCGGCUGAUCCUUUUGUGGUGUUACCUGCAGCUGGCCACAUCUGGCACAGCAACUGCAUUUUCCCCCAGUUUCAGCGCCUAUUGCAUCCUUCGCUUCCUGAGCGGGAUGGCUUUCUCGGGCGUUGUGUUAAACGGCGUCUCUCUGUGCGUGGAGUGGACGCCCACCAGGACUCGCGCCGUGCUGGGGACCAUCAACGGCUGUGCGUACACCAUCGGGCAGAUCAUCUUGGCUGGCGUGGCGUAUCUUCUCCCGGACUGGCGCCAAUUGCAGCUGGCCGUCUCUCUGCCUUAUUUCUUCUUCUUCUUUUAUUCUUGGUGGCUUUCCGAAUCAGCUCGCUGGCUGAUAAUAGCUGGGAAGCUCGAGCCAGCCGUGACGGAGCUCAAGAGGGUGGCCAGAAUGAACAGGAAGCACGAAGCUGCUGGAAAGCUAAACACUGAGUUCUUGAGAUCCAGGAUGAAGGAGGAACUGGCCUCCAUGAAAUCCAAGGCUUCGCUGCUCGACUUGGUCCGGACGCCCACCAUGCGCCGCAUCUCCCUUUGCAUCUGCUUUGUGUGGUUCUCCACCAGUUUCGCUUAUUACGGCCUGGUUAUGGACUUGCAGAAUUUUGGGGGCAACAUCUACCUGAUCCAACUCUUUUUUGGAGCCGUUGACUUCCCGGCAAAGUUUCUCUCGGUCCUUUCCAUCAGCUACGUGGGGCGCCGGUUCACCCAAGCCGCUGCCCUCGUCUUGGCUGGCUUAACCAUCCUGGUCAAUAUCUUCAUCCCUCAAGACUUGCAGACUGUGCGGACCACCGUGGCUGUUUUCGGGAAGGGCUGCUUGGGGGCGUCUUUCAACUGCAUCUACUUGUACACCGGAGAACUUUAUCCGACGGUGCUCCGGCAGACCGGCAUGGGUCUCAGCAACACCAUGGCCCGCUUGGGUGGCAUCGUGGCUCCCGCGGUGAAGAUGACAGGAGAAUAUAUCCCAUUCCUGCCCCAUCUUAUCUACGGUGCUGCUCCCAUCAUAUCUGGAAUUGUUGCAGCCUUCUUGCCGGAAACUCGCAACAUCCCAUUGCCGGAAACGAUAGAGCAGGUGGAGAACAGAUCGCAGAAUAAGGGCCAGAAGCUGGACUCACAGCAAAGAGAGGGCCUCUUGGUCCCCAGCAUGCCUGAAAACAAGAAAAUCACUGCUUAAGGAGAGAAAAAUGUUGAUCCCAGGGCCUACCUUUGCCAGAAGAUCUGUGAUGAACCAAGACAG